AUGGACUACGCCGGUAUUGUCCAAGCACUUCAAGGUUCAAACACCACUGCAGGGCCGCUUGUGGCCGACAAUGUCGUCUCCCGCUUUGCAGCCGAGCACUCUCUCCUAGCAACCACUGUCGGCGGGCUCGCCGCAACCUACGUCUUCUUCUGGGCGCUGCUACAGUUUACUCAGGAUGCCAACGAACCGCCCCUUGUGUUAACCGCGGUCCCGUUCCUGAGCCCGAUCGUCGGCAUAGUGAGACGAAGCUUGGAUUUCUACGUUUACAUGAGAGACAAGUACCCUAGCCUGCCCACCUACACCCUGCGCCUCCCCGGCCUCCGGGUUUACAUGGUCAACUCCACCAGCCUCAUCCCCGCCGUGCAACGGCAAUGGCGCACUCUCCUCUUCCCGCCCGUCACGGCUUGGGCGUCAGAGGUUGCCAUGGGAGGUAGCAAGGAAGCCGUCAACAUCAUCCGAGAGGACAUGGUUACCGAGAAUGGCUUUAUGCACGCCUUUAUCAAAGCCAUCCAUCCGGCCCUGUCCAAGGGACCCGCUCUCGACAAUCUGAGCCGCAACGCACUGGGGACCCUCUCGAAAUCACUCGAUUCAAUCGCCGCUCACGGGUCCAAGAGGGUCGACAUGUACGAAUGGAUCCGCCACGAGAUCAUGAUGGCUACGACCGACAGCGUCUACGGCCCGCACAACCCUCUCCGGGAUCCCGCCAACGAAGCAGACUGGCUGAAAUAUCACCCUGCCAUCAUGUUUCUGACCGUAAACCUGCUGCCGCAAUGGGUCUUUGGCGGCGCCAUCGCGGCACGGAACAGGCUGGCCAACGCCUUCCUGCGAUAUCACGAUGCGGGUCACUACAAGCAGGGUUCCGUGUACAUCCAGCGAUGGACGGAGCAAUUUGCCAGCUGGAGCAUUACCCCCGCCGACGUUGCGCGGUUUCAUAACGGUAACCUCUUCGCCCUGGUCGCCAACACUAUCCCCACGGCGUUCUGGACCAUCUACCACGUCUUUUCGGACCCGACCGUCCUACGGGAAUGUCGGGAGGAGGUAGAGCGGACGGUGACACUUGAAACACUACUAAAGGGAAACGGAGACGAGGUGCGCACGAUUAGCGCCGCGGCGAUCAAGGAGGGUUGUCCGACGCUGGCGUCGACUUUUCAGGAGGUGCUGCGCAUCCAUGGCAUGGUGAACUCUGUCCGCGUGGUGAGUGAGAACCAUGUGCUCGAUGGCAAGUACCUGCUCAAGAAGGGCGGGCUGGUCAUGGUGCCGGCGCGGGUGCAGCAUCGGUCGAAGGAGGCAUGGGGCGACAACGCGGACGAGUUUGACCAUCGCCGGUUUAUCCGCAAGCCCGGCGAGCCCCUGCCCAAUCCGAAUGCGUUUCGCGGCUUUGGGGGUGGCACGACGCUGUGUCCGGGCAGGCACUUUGCGACGACUGAGAUCCUGCUGUUUACGGCUAUGUUGCUGUUGCGGUUUGACAUUGUAAGGGUGGGUGAUGGUGGGAAGUGGGUGCUGUCUACUGCAGCAAACUCGUCGCAGGCUGAGGCGGUUGAGCAGCCGGAUUAUGAUUUUCAGAUUGAGCUGAGGCCGCGGCCAGUGGCGGCACGGAAGUGGGUGGUCUCCUUCGGCGGAGACGAGGAGUCGGCAUUGGUUGCUGAGGAGCUGUAG